GUCGCCUCUCUCCGAGAAGGCCUUGCUUGCCUUGCCUGAAGGCCUUGUCGCCUCAGCGGCUGUCGUCGCCAUGUCGUGAUAGUGGGACAAUGAUGAAUGGCCGGCACGCCCCGAUGCAGACGAACGGCGGCGUGUCGAACGGGCGGAGGAUGGAGUGGGAGCAAAUCCAGAACAUCGGCGACGUCUACUCCUCCCGCACGGGGCAUGCUGUGGUCCUCUACGACGACGUCCUGUACCUCUUCGGCGGCACCGACGGCAGCGCACGCCAAAACGACCUCUACGCCUUCAAUAUCGGUGCGCCGGGAAGAGCGGGACACACACACAACUACAGAAAGGGGAAGAACCGCAGUGCGUAUCAUUGCAAACAUACACAUGAGGACUCUCUCUCCCUCUCCUCUGUGUGUGUGUGUGUUGUGCCAUUCCUUGGCUCACGCAGAGAACGGUCUGUGGCAGUUGGUAGCGGACGACCGGGGUCCCUCCCGGCCGCCCAGCGCCCGGUCCGGGUGUCAGGGCAUCGCCUACGAGGGCAAGCUGUACUUCUUCGGCGGCUACACCAAGAAGGACGGCGAGUACUUCAACGACGUCCACGAGUUCGACAUCGCCCGGUGCCGCUGGGCGCCCAUCAAGCCCAUCGGGGAGCCGCCCGCCCGCCGCACCGACCACAGCAUGGUGCUGUACGGCACCACGGCCUACAUCUUCGGCGGGUUUGACGGCCGCAACCGGUUCAACGACAUGCGGGCGCUCGGCCUGGCGGGCGAGAGCAAACGGUGGCUGCACGUCGUGGCCAACCGGUCGACGCAGAACCCGCCCAAGAACCGGUUUGGCCACACGGCCGUCGUCUAUGAGAAUAGCAUGUAAAUCUGUCGGUCUGUCUGUCUGAGUGGGGGGUGGAUGGAUGGAUGGACAGAUGGGGUGGAGAGGUGGAUUGGAUGGGUCAGUCAUUGUGUGUGUCAUGUUUCUGUGUGUGUGUGUGUAUGUGUGUGUGUGUGUGCAGGUAUGUGUUCGGCGGCUGGGACGGACACGAGACUUUGUCGGAUCUGUAUGAGUACCUCUUUGGCACCAACGAGUGGAUCAACUUGCCGCCCAGGGGAAGCGCACCCAAACCGAGAUACAGGUAAGGUACAGGCACACGCACACACCACACCAAACACACCUUCGAAUCCAUCCAUGUAUGUGGAUUAAUCGCUGUCAUGCAAUGCACUGCAGGCACUCUGCCGUGAUCGGUGGCACCAAGAUGUUCGUCUUCGGCGGUGUUGACAAGACACAGACACGAUACGUCGGUAGGAACCCUUCCCACCCAUACACACACACACCACACACAUCCAACACGCACACACCACACACAUCCAACACACACACACACACACACAGCACAACGUUGCUCCGUUGGUUGUCUUUUUGGGCCCCCCCCCCCCAGAUUUCCAUGUGUUCGACUGCGUGGCGCGCACCUGGACGCAGCUGGAGACGGGCGGCAACGUGCCGUCGGCCCGCACCUUCCACCGUGCCGUCAUGCACCGGGGGUACAUGUACAUCCUCGGCGGCUUCGACGGCCGCAGGCAGAACGACACCUAUCGAAUCAAGGUCCUCAGCGCUGAGCAGGAGCGCAUCCAGGAGCAGAGGAACAACGUGGCCAGGAACGGGGCGCUCACCAACGGGGCCGCCAGCGCCGCUGCGGCUGGUAAGAAUGCAAAUAGAUGUGCAGACCAGACCGACACAGACAGAGAGGGGGAGGGGGUGGGGUGGAGUGGUUGUGCGCAUGUUGGUUGUGUGAUCUGUGUGUGUGGUAUUUGUUGUGUUGUGGGUGUGUGCAGGCGCGGCGACUCGUGGGACGGAGUCGAUGAAUGCGGUGAUGCCUGAGGACUUCUGGCAGUGGAUUCACAUCACCGGCGAGAGGGGAGACAAGUACACACCCAGGACAGGUGGGUGGGUGAGAAGGAACGAAGGACACACACCUGCGAGACCCGAUCCGUCCAUCGGUCCACCCAUCGAUCCAUCCAUGUGUGUGUGUGUGUGUGUGCGUGUGUGUGUGUGUGUUCUCAGGUCAUGCUGUGGUAGUGUGGAACGACCAUUUCUACCUCUUUGGCGGCACCGACGAGACGGCCAGGCAAAACGACAUAUACCAAUACGACAUCCCCGGCAACCGGUGGGCAAUGCAAUGCAUCCCAUACACACACACACACACCUCAACAGCCAGCCACAGCACACACGCACUCCUUCUCUCCCUCCCUCCCUCCCUCUGUGUGUAUCUGUGAUGUGAUGUGAUGUGACGUGUGUAGGUGGGACAAGGUGAUUCCCUCGGGCGGCGUGGUGCCAGCGUCCCGGUCGGGCAGCAAGGGGGUGGUCUAUCGCGACUACGUCUACUUCUUCGGCGGCUACACCAAGAAGGACGGCGAGUACUUCAACGACGUAUUCAGAUACUCAAUACCUAACAAAGUCUGGGAGACGGUAAGUAACCGCACACACACACACACGGAUGGAUGGAUGGAUGGAUGGCACACACACACACACAUCUGUGUGUGUCAUGUCAAUGGGUGGGUGCUUGUUUGUUUCAGGUGCGCACGUCCGGUGACGACCCCCCCGCCCGCACAGACCACAGCUGUGUGGUGCAGAACAACCGGAUGCUCGUCUUCGGCGGCUUCGACGGACGCGUCAGGUUCCAGGACCUGCAGAUGCUCGACCUAGGUACACACAUACAAGCCACACACACACACAUGGAUGGAUGGAUGGAUGGAUUCCUUGUGCACCGUGCAGAGCAGCAUCGUUGGGAGCAGCCGCCCGAGGCGGGAGCCAUGGCGACUCCCCCGCCCAUGGGCCGCUUCGGGCACACGGCCGUCAUCUACAACAACAGCAUGUUCAUCUUUGGCGGCUGGAACGGUCACGAGACGCUGGACGACCUAUACGAAUUCUCACUCGGUGAGCGGCCCAAGGGGCGGGGCGGGGAGGUGUGUAUGGUGUGUAUGUGUGUAUGGUGUGUUGGUGCGGUGCUGAUGUGGCUGGCUGUUGCUGUGGUCGUUGUUUGUCUGGCAGGCACGUUUCAGUGGUACAAUGUGCCCAACCGUGGCAGGAACGUUCCCAAGUCGCGAUACAGGUGAGUGGUGUGGAGGUUUGAACACGAGUUGCCCACUUGAGACAAGGAGGCAGGCCAUUAGUGGUUGGUGUUGUGUCUGUCAUGUGUGUCAUGUGUGUCCCACAUGCAGGCACUCCGCGGCCGUCUACGGCUGUUCGAUGUUCAUCUUCGGCGGGGUGGACAAGAACCAGGUAGCUAGGGACACGUUGCGAUCUCGACGGGAGGGGCUGGAUGGAUGGAUGGACGCCCACCACCAUCUGCAUGUGCAUGUGUGUGUGUUGUGCAGGAUCGGUUUGCGGAUUUGUUUGAGUUCAACAUCGACACGCGCGAGUGGGCGCAGAUCAACACCAUGGGGCAUCCGCCCACUGCCAGGUCACGCACAGCACACACACACACACAUACACAUACACAUACACACAUGCCGCCAGAAACAUGAUCUCCUCUCCUCUCCUCUCAUCUCCUCUCCCCCCACAUGUCAUGUGUGUGUGUGUGUCUGCAGAACCUUCCACCGUGCCGUCGUGUGGGGCGGCUACAUGUACGUCCUCGGUGGGCAACGCACACACCGACAGCCAGCCAGCCACCGCACACACACACUCUCUCUAUAUGUGUGUGUUGUGUGAUGUGUGCAGGUGGCUUCGACGGCAGCCGCAAGAACGACAUGUACAAGAUCGCGUUGGUCGAGAGCAUCCCCCGCGACGAGGCUAGGCAGGCCAGGAGGGCGCGGCUGGGCAUGGAGGGGCUCGGCGCCGCACCGGACACAGAAAACGACGCAGAGGCGGCGGACAAGGACUACGACCACCUCGACGAGACCGGGCAGCUCAAACGGCGGGUCAGUCAGUCUGCGCUGAGGGGCGAGGAAUGGCAAACAGACAGACAGACAGACAGACAGGUGGUGUGCAUGGUGUGUUGGUCUGUGUUGGUGUGUGUAGGUGAACGAGUUGUUGAGUCGGUUGGCGGCGGAGAUCGAGCGCAACGUGUGUAAGGUGUGCUACGAGAGGGACAUCAACUGCGUCCUACUCGACUGCGCACACCGGGUGGUCUGCUCGCAAUGCGCCGAAUCGCUCCCGCCACCCAGGAUGGUCCGCACGCAGAUACGACAGACAAGCAACCAAACACACCGAGACCAGCAGGAAGACACAGAUGGGGCAUCACUUGUCUGUCUGUGUGUGUGUGUGUGUGUGCAGUGUCCGGUGUGCAGGAAGCCGAUCCGGCGAGCGCUCGAGACGUUCAACGCUUGAUGAUGAUGAUAAUGAUACUCAUGACAAGAUGAUAGUCUACGACUCGAUCUCUCUGUUGCUUGCCUGCCUGGCUGCCUCCCUGCCUGCCUGCCUCCCUGCCUGGCUGCCUCCCUGCCUGGCUGCCUCCCUGCCUGGCUGCCUCCCUGCCUGGCUGCCUCCCUGCCUGGCUGUAUGCCUGCAUGCCUUCCUCCUUGCUUUGGCUGGAUGGUGUCUGGCUGGCUGUGUGGAUGGCUGUAGAUUGCAAUACUGACUGACCACACACUAACGCUCCGCUCCGCUCUGUCUUUAUCGAACCAUUCAUAUUGCAUUGAUGAUGCAUUCAUGCCAUGCCAUGCCAUGCCUGCCACUCGUGUCUGUCUAUCUCCCCAUGCAUUGCAUCUGUGUGUGGGAUGGCCGCCAGAGAGUGCCGUGCCGCUGUGAGUGAGUCUGCCGUGUCCACCACUCCUGGCCAUGGUAUGGUGACUGUCUGGAUGGCUGUCGUCCUCCCUCCCUCCCUCCCUCCCUCCCUCCCUCUCUCCCUCUCCGGCUGGCCUGCCGGCCGGCUGGCAAGUGUUUGUCCAUAUCCUCCAUUUCUUUGUCUUUUCGGCUGCCACUUUUUUCAGUGGACACUGACAGAUAUGACCAUGGUGGGGUGGAGAGGGGGUGGGUGUGGUGUGGGUGGGGCUGCCUUGUAAGAUGAGGAAGAGAGUCAGGCAGCUCAGCGCCCUCCCCAUCCCCCUCCCCUCUGCGUGAGCUGCAAACAGUGACCUGGAUGGAUGCCUGCCUGUCUGCCUGCCUCCCUGGACCCUUUCAAUCAUUUGUGCAAUCGUCUCUCUCGUGCUGGUCCGGUUUAUCUUUUUGCGCCUUCCUUUUUCUUUCGAAGGCAGCACUUUUCACCCUCUUGCCUUUAGCGCGUUUUCCAUGCCGUCUGUUUCUUUCGUUGGUUUCCCUCCCUCCCGUGUGUUCCUGUUCAGAAAGGCAGGCCAGCUCUCUCUCUUCGCUUUCCUUUGGCCACUGACUUUUCGCGGCGGGGGGGCGGCAUUCAUUCUGUUUGGGGCUCUCUUUGUUUUUGCCAUCGUACAAUGCUCCGACUGCGCCACGCCGCAGAGCACCGCUCGACCUCCGAACGAGCGACAGACACAGAGAGAGAAAGGAGAGAGGCAAGGGCACACCACAGGCAGGCAGGCAGGCAGACAGACAUGUGUGUAUCAACUCUGCUCACUCUCUCUCUCUCUGGCGCCAUCAACCCAUCAGCUCCCACAGGGGGCGUGCUGGGAACGACGUAGAGGUCGCAGACAGACAGCCAGACAGACAGACAGACGGAGAAGAAGAAGAAGAAGAAGAAGGAGGAAGAGAAGCAUCAUCGGACGUGAGUGGCGCGUGCGGCUGAACACUCGCAUGUAAUGCACACAUGGGGCAGUACUGUUGGCUGUUGCUUUCUUUUUGUUUGUUUUGGGGCGGGUGUUUUCACUAUGCGUUACUUUUCGCCUUUUCCUGUUUGAUUGAUACGUACGUACGUACGUUACGUGUGUGUAUGAUAUCUGUCUGUCUGUAUGGCUAUCUAUGGCUGCGCGGACAGACAGAGACCAGACGUUUCUCAGUGAAUGUUGAUUGAUAUCGAUCGAUGUCAGGGAGCGACCCACUCACUGGAGUCGACAGAUAAUGAUGAGUAAGUAAGUCUGAGAUACCAUCCAUGGCACAUUCCGCUUUUGCGAAGGUGAGGCCACAGAUGAAC